AUGGUUGAACCCAAUAGCAGGAGCUUUAUUGAAGAAGAAGACUUUUCAGAAAAGAUGGUGCUGUAUGGCACUUUAACAGUUUUGACCUUGAUGAGCUUCGGUCUCAGUGCCCCUCCAGUAGAGUCAGACCUUGCAGGAUAUGGCCUGGAGAAUUACGAUGUGUACUCAAACACAUGGGAUCUGGAUUCCUACGGAGAGACUUAUGAUUAUGACGACCUGGAUGAGGAGAUUGAAGUUGGAACGCUGGCCCCUCCUCCAUCUGUCACUCAGCCACCUGCCACAGUUCCUCCUGAGGACUAUGUGGAGGAAGUGACGCUGCCACCCCACCCAAAAAUGUCACCUGCUACUCUAGACUUUUGCGGACCAGGACUGUUUGGGCCUGAUACAGGAUUAGGGAUGCCCUCUUGUCUGCUGUGUGUGUGUGUAUCAGUGGCAGUGUACACUGCGAUGACUCAGAGCUGACUCAGAUCCCCCCUCUACCCAAAG